AAGGUAAAUUGUAUUUGUAUUGGAAUUUUAGAUUUCCUCGGAAUUAUUUGUAAGUGUCGUUUGGCUAUUUUUCAUGAAAUCCUUUCUCUUCUUGUAAAAAAAAUAAAUAAAUAAAAUAAAAUGUUCUGCACUAUGAAGCCGCUGCUUCUCACUAGCUCUUCUUCCUCUUCCUAACAAAUUCACCCCAUUUCGAAUUCUAAACUCCCUCAAAUUUAACAAAUUCCCUAAUUGAUCUCAAUAUUCCCAAAAUCAAAAUCUUGAUUUAUUCAAAUUCAAUCAUCAAACCAAAAUCCAUCAAAUGAUGGGGGGUCGUCGAGAUGGUUUGAUGCGAAGCAGCAGCAGCAGCAGCAUUCGACCAUCUCGAAUCGCAAUUGCUAUUACGAUUGGAAUAUUAAUGGGGUGUGUAUUCGCCAUUUUUUUCCCUCACGGCUUUUUCAAUCCUUAUUCUGCUGCUGCCACUAUCUCCAAUUCCAUUUCUCAGGAGAGUUCGUCGGACUGUGAAUCAAGUGAGCGGAUUAAUAUACUAAAGACCGAUAUUGUUAGGAUGACGGAGAAGAAUGCAGAGUUGAGGAAGCAAGUGAGGGAGCUAAAUGAGAAGCUGAGGUUGGCUGAACAGGGAACAGACACUGCUCAAAAGCAAUUCCUGGCAUUGGGUGAACAACCUAAGGCAGGGCCUUUCGGUACUGUCAAGAGUUUAAGGACGAACCCAACUGUAGUGCCAGAUGAAUUGGUUAACCCCAGAUUGGCUAAGAUCUUAGAAGAAAUUGCUGUUAGGAAAGAGCUUGUGGUUGUGUUGGCAAAUGCGAAUGUGAAGGAGAUGUUAGAAGUGCAGGUAUUGACUGUCAAGAAAGCCGGUAUACUUAAUUAUUUGGUUGUGGGGUUGGAUGAUGAGAUUGAGAGUUAUUGCAAAGCCAAUGGUGUGGCUGUCUAUAAGAGAGACCCGGAUGAAGGGGUGGAUGAAAUAGGAAGGUCAGGUGGAAAUCAUGCCGUCUCUGGAUUGAAGUUCCGUAUAUUAAGGGAGUUUUUGCAGCUUGGUUAUAGUAUUCUUCUUUCAGAUGUUGAUAUAAUCUACUUGAAAAAUCCAUUUGAUCAUCUUUAUCGUGAUUCUGAUGUGGAGUCAAUGACAGAUGGUCAUAAUAACGCGACUGCUUAUGGGUAUAAUGAUGUCUUUGAUGAACCUGCAAUGGGAUGGGCUCGGUAUGCACAUACUAUGAGGAUUUGGGUUUAUAAUUCUGGGUUCUUUUACAUAAGGCCUACUAUUCCUUCCAUUGAGCUUUUGGAUCGCGUUGCUGAUAGGCUGUCCAAGGAGAAAGCAUGGGACCAGGCAGUUUUCAAUGAGGUGCUCUUUUACUCUUCACAUCCAGGGUAUGAAGGGCUUCAUGCUUCUCGGAGGACCAUGGAUUUCUAUGCUUUCAUGAACAGUAAAGUUUUAUUUAAGACUGUUAGAAAAGACCCUAACCUGAAGAAGUUGAAACCUGUGAUCAUCCAUAUAAAUUACCAUCCUGACAAACUUCCAAGAAUGAGAGCUGUAGUCGAUUAUUACUUCAACGGCAAGCAAGAUGCCUUGGAUUAUUUUCCUGAUGGUUCUCAGUGAUGGAAGUAGAGAUAUAUUAUCCUGCUCACAUUCGGCAUUUGUUGUUAGUUGACACUGAGGGCAUGGCACAUACUGAAUAUGGGUUUAUUUCAGCCUAUUUUGUGGUCUAACAGAAUUUUUAGAAAGAUUUGCCACCCUUUUUUGUUUUACAUGAUUUGCUUUUCAGCUGUUUCUUUGUAGGAUUUUACUCAUUGUUUCUAUUAGUACUUCGGUUCAUCUUGUAAUGUGAUUGUAACUUAAUGAAAAGAUGAUAUAGAAGGUUUGUAUACUCGUGUCAACUUAUAA